CAUUUUAGCCACCAUAAAAGGGUUUGAAAAAUAAAAAAAAAAGUGUUUCCGGUUGUCAAUGUACUGAGCCGAGCGAAGCAGAAUGGACACACUGGAACGGCUGGAACAGAUCGGUAUUUGUCAAUUGUUGCAUAGUGCUCUUGGCAAGCUGCAGCUUAUUGAUCUAAACCCGAUCAACGAGGAUCUUCUGGAUCCAACGGGUGCGUACUCUAUCAGGGAUCUAUUGGAGCAAAAUGUGUCGUAUCUGCAGAACUUUUACCAAAGCAUUGACGAGAAUGAAGUCGAUGAGAAUGGGUUUCAAAGGGCCAGUAUCACGGAUUCAAUGGAUAAGAAUGAUGAAAACCAAUUCAGCCAAUGGCAAUGUGCGAAGCAAUGCAUAGAAAUCAAAAAAAUGGAGGAAGAUUUGGCAAACUUGGAAUUAGCUUAUGAGAAACUUCAUCAGGAAAGACAUGAACGCAAACAACUGGAGAUCGCAUGCAACCGAUUCGUCAAAAAAUGGGAACAAGUACGACGGGAGCAGCUGGACCAGUCACUCACCAUUAGAUCGGACACAUUCAGCCGAGAAGUUUCCCUGCAAGAAUCAAGCUUAGAAUCUGGCUUACGGGCCGCGCACCAUAUAGACGAUUUCUACAACUGGCAACUUGCCAAGGUGGAAACCGAAAUAAACGAUUGGAUGGAGCGCUUCGAACGGGAAAGGGACGAAGUGGAUGCCCGCUGCCAAAAGGCCCGGGCACAGAUCCGACGAUGGAACGAAAUGAAACAAGAGAUGGAACUUUUGAGGAAGGAGAUGCUUCAGUUGGAACAGUUGGAAACCGAAUACCUUGAAAAUGCUGAACACAAAAGACUAUGCCAGAAGUAUGCUGUCAAGUUACAGGCUUGGUGGCGUGGUGUGAUGGUUCGCAGAGGAUUCGGUCCAUUUGGAACUGGUAAAAAGAAAAAGACAAAGGGAAAAAAGAAUACAGCAAAAGGUGGUAAGACAAAGUCCAAAACUCCAACAAAAAAGAACAAAAAAUAACUAUGUAAGAAUUAUGAAGAAUCCGCAGGGAAUAAUCAUUCUGCAUGAUGAAAAACGAUUUCGAUAAGUUUACAACGCCAAUAAAAGUACGACAUUUCGAUAAAUUGUUUAUCGCACCUCUGAACAGCCACUAAAGACCCAACAACAAAAAAUAAUACACCGCAUUUCAUACUGCUUAUAUGCGCGUUGAAACAACUGUCAGUUGCAGCAGCAGCCCUAAGCGCGGCAAAAAUCCUAUCCCUGUGCAGCAGCCCAGAUAAAUUGAUCAAUAAAUAAAAUAAAUGAAAAU